AUGUCUAGCAGAGAAGAUACCUCUGAAGAUAGCUUACUACCUACACCAGCUUCCACCCCAGCUCCAGAAAACGAGUUUGAAGAAACAGACGCCGAAAGUGAUACAGAAGGCAACAACAAAGAUACAUCUUCAGAAUCUUUCCAUUCCACCCACACUUUAGUCCCAAACAAUCCUUCUCCCGCGUUAAUCAUGGCCAAUAAUCAGGCUACCAAUUACGAGACUCCUGCUCAGCGCCAGUCGAUCAGAGUUAAUGGUAUUCUUUCCAAAAUUACCAUCAACAUAAAGCUUGAUGCUACCAAUUACGCACCUUGGUCCGACAGUAUUCGAUUCGGGCUAGGAGCUGCAGCAUCAUACGAUGAAUACCUCGACUCGGAAUCAGCUCAUUCUGAUGGUGUUGAUCCCAGCGUGCACCUAGCUACCAAGAAGAGCAUAUUUCAUUGGUUACUCGCCAAUAUGGAACAGACUCAGUCCACUCGGUUCAUCUCGAUGAUAUCCACUUUCGAAAACGGUGUCAAGAAAACCCCAACAUCUCCAAUGAUACUUUGGAAGUCCAUUCGCGAUUAUCACAUCAGUAACUCUGAAUCAGUCAAGCUUAUGUUAAGAAGCGAAAUCACCGACCUUUCCCAAGGAUCGACCAAAGACCUACUCGAGUACAUUGACAUGUUUCGAGCUAAGGUUGAUGCUUACUUGGGUGCAAACGGUGAAAUGUCUGAGGAAGAGCAAGCUCGUCAAUUCGUUAGAUCUCUUAACAGAGAGUGGGCAGAGAAAGGAUGCGACUUACUUGAUGCUGGUCACAUCAAAUUCAGAGAUCUCGAGAUUGAAUUGAAGAAAACCUAUCAAACUCGAAAGAUGUUCAACUCAGGAAGACAGCAAUCUAGUCGUGUAGUGGAUACAUCAGAAGCGAGCCAUGGAAGACGUACCGGCCGUUGGCAGACCUGUAGCAAGAAUCGAUGCAUUGGCCGAGAUCACCCGACAAAGCCACACGAUCCAUCUGAAUGUUAUCAUCAUCCCAAUAACUCCAGUAAGAUGGAAGCUUGGAAGAAAUCCAAACGUGACGCUGGAGAAUGGGUGGAGUAUCCUCGUGGAAGUCGUGGUAGCUCAAGAGGUCGCGGAAGAGGUGGCGCUCACUUUGCUGGUGGAUUCUCCCGACACAUCGUUGUACAAGAACAGACAUAUGAGUCAGACGAUGAUAACGACAUUGUUGAGGAGAGUCUCACUCCCCAGAUCGUUACCAAACCUGUUUUAACCCAAGAAAAGCCAAUUCAGGAAUCAAAUAAGACUCCGACAAGCCCUGAUGCUGAUAGUCCCCCGUCUCAGCCCCAACAAGCGUCAAGACCAGAACCCCGAAGAUCUAAUCGAGAUCGUCAACAAGUGAAUUGA